AUGGGACUUCGACAUACGGACGCCCCGGCAUCCAGACCACUUGGCCACCACAGUGGACAUAGACGUCCAAGGAGGAGACCCCAGCACAAGAGACCCAGAAGGUACAGGUCCUCGGGGAAGCAGCGCAAACCCAAGAAACAGCGGCAGCAUGAACCCAAGCGCAAGUCAUCCACGCGUUCGAAGCCAAAAACUUCUGUGCCACCAGCACCUGCGCCUGUGCCAUUGAUCAUUUACAAAUUACCUGGGCUAUACAGUUCUUCAGAAGUGAAGCCUACUGGGUACAACUACUUUACUCUGGGUGAACCUAAAACUGCUCCAAUUAAGAAUUCCGGAGAGAAGUCAGAGGAGAAAUCUGGACUGUCUGGGGAGACUGAGUCCAAAAAGAAUCAAAUGAAAAUUGUUGUGUUUUACAUGUCAGAUUUUGUGAUCAGUGAAAUGUUUUGUAGAUCAUUGAACUUUUUUUCUUACGGAAAUGGAGCGAGGGAAAAACACGCGACCCAGCUCUUCUCGUACCGGAUCGUGAAGACGGCGUUUCCGGCAUCCGAGGCGGAAGUAUUUCUGGGUGACGGCGAAAAUAGCUCCAGUCUGAAUCAUCGGAAUGGCGAGACCGGGAUUUUCAAGCCAACUCAAAUUAUCUGUUUCUCUGGAGACGAUUCUGGCAAGGGUUCCGGGUAUCGUUUGACACCUGACGUUCUCAAGUCAUCGAUUGAAGAACUGUUAGAAUAUGAAACGGUUUAUCGAUCGUCCUACGACAAGGUUCCAACAGAAACGGAACGCGGUUCCACGUACUCAUACACCUCCAGCACCAAUUCAUCCACACGCAGACCGGAUCUUCCUUCUUCCGUGUCAAGAUACUCCUCGUCGAGUCCGUCUUACCGGAAUUACUCCACUUCCUAUCGCAGCCCGACCAGCGGUGGAGUGACUGGGUACACAAUAGAGACCAGGACUGAGACUAAGCCGAUCAUCCCGGGAUUGAAUGCGACUACUACGACCACCAGAGUGCGGGAUUACGGCGACCCUGUCAGCUCUGUAAUUCCUCGCACUUACUACCGCACUCGGUAUUCAAACAAUAAGGAACCUUACUUCUGCACGGGAAUAUUCGUAGCCAUCCGGAUUUGCCACAGGAAGGAUGAACCAACGGAAUGCGUCGACGACGUCUUUGUGCUUUUCGUAGUUGUUUACGAAUUCGUUCACGAUGAAUGUAACCACGGCCGGACUUAUCCAUUCACGAGCUGCAGAUGCCUUGACACCAGCAACCAUUUCGACGCCACUUGGAUGAAUUUGAUCGGCAGGGAGGACGAAUUUGUAUCGCCCCCUGUCUCGAAGUUCAAUCGUGUACACGAACGGGAUUUUUGCUACCCCGAAAGCCCAGUCGUCUGA